AUGGAUAUUUUUUCGCAGGUUUUCAGACGUACGAAGCAUGUUCUUCCCCACGUUGCGAGGUUUUGUCUUGUCUCCACCUUUUUCGAGGACGGAGUACGAAUGUACACGCAGUGGUCUGAGCAGAGAGAUUACAUGGAUAUGACAUGGGGAUGCGGUUAUUUUCUAGCGUCGUUAUUCGUCCUACUCAAUCUGCUUGGACAACUCUCUGGCGUUUUUAUGGUGCUGUUCCGUUUGAAAGUGAAUUACGCGUGCUUCAUGCUCUUCGGUAUUGUCAUUCUCCAGACCGUAGCUUACAGCAUACUUUGGGAUGUGACGUUUUUGUUCCGCAAUCUGGCACUUCUUGGAGCACUGCUGCUUGUGCUGGCUGAAAGUCGGUCAGAAGGACGAUCCUUAUUCGCUGGUGUUCCAUCCAUGGGUGACAACAAGCCGAAGACGUACUUGCAGCUAACCGGCCGCGUACUCAUCAUUUUUAUGUUUGCCACUCUUCUGCGACUGGAGUUCUCCGUGCUGCAAAUGCUCGUGAAUGUGAUCGGAUCCUUGCUGAUGGUCCUCGUCAUGAUCGGCUUCAAGACCAAAUUAUCAGCUCUGGUGCUCGUUGCGUGGCUUUCUGUCUUGAACCUAUAUUUCAAUGCUUGGUGGAACAUACCCGCGUACAAACCUGCCAGGGAUUUCGUCAAGUACGAUUUUUUCCAAGUGCUUUCUGUAAUUGGAGGAUUGCUCAUGAUCGUAAACCUUGGACCCGGAGGAGUUUCGAUGGAUGAGCACAAGAAAAACUGGUGA